AGCGCGCGACCUUUGACCAUAAGCUCCGCCCACUUCCUGCAUACAGGUGAGCACAUAGGCGUUAACUAACACGGACUUCAGUAAACGACGGAGGAGAUUUUUCCUUUGGGAUAAAAAUACGCAAAAUGUGUGUGGAGAAUAUGUGCGGCUUUGACAAACAGAAAGGGCCUGGGAGGCUGAUGACUAAAGGACUCACACUCAUAGUUGUCGGUCAUGUUAAUUUUAUUUUGGGGGCCAUCGUUCAUGGCAGUGUUUUACGACACAUCUCUAAACCCACUGGCACAAUACCCACAGAGUACACAGUGUCCAACAUCAUAGCUGUUACCUCAGGACUGCUGAGCAUUGCAAGUGGAAUUGUUGCAAUAUUGGUGUCAAGGAAUAUUAAGAUUGUCAAACUGCACGUGGGUCUGUUGGUGAGCUCCUUCUUAAACGCUCUGCUCUCUGCAGCCUGCUGCAUUGGGCUUCUACUGGCCAUCAGCCUCACUAUUUCAGCCGACGGCAGUGUCCUCUUGCAAGGCUGCAACAAUACAGAUGUACCCAUUAAUGCUCGCUCACCCGUCGCUGCCAACUGCCCCUUCGACACUACACGCAUUUAUGACACAACUCUAGCCUUGUGGUUUCCGUGCACACUGCUAUCAGCCCUGGAGACUGGUUUGUCUGUGUGGUGCUUUAUUGUGGGUCUCACCCUAAGAGGCAUUGGACCUUGUGCUCACACUUACCUCAGAGAGCAGCUGGAAGAAGACACUUUGGCGCAUAGAUCAAAGGGGGAUCCAGAUUUUUCAGCCCCGAGCCAACGUCUUAUUGCACACUCUUCUGCACAGCCAUAGACAGGAAGAUCAAUCGGAAAUCUAAGGUCCCCCUUGUGCAACCGAAACAGCUCUGAGUCGUCGUGGCAUGGACUCCAUAAGACCUCUGAAGGAGCUCUGUGGUAUCUGGCACCGAGACUUUACUAGCAAGUCCUGUAAAUUGUGAGGUGGGAAUCAAGUCAACACCUUGUCAACACUCUUUGUCAUGUUCCUCAGAUCAUUCCUGAGCAAUUUUUGCAGUGGACCAGUGCACAUUAUCCAGUCUUCUACCCAUAGUGCAUCCUGGGGCCAUCUCUUCCUCAGAUAAACAACACUUUUACCUGGCUGUCCACAUGAUGUUAAAGAAAAUGUGAUUCAUCAGAGAAGGCCACCUUCUCCCAUUGCUCCACGGUCCAGUCGUGAUGCUCUCUCGUUCAUUGUAGGUGCUUUUGGCAGUGGACAGGUGUCAGCAUGGGUGUGCGGCACUGUGUCAGCAAGCUGUGUUGCACUGUGUGCUCUGAUUUACUAUCAUAGCUUUUUCAGUAGUCUGUGCUGCAUUAGCGCUACUGUGGGAUUGUAUCAGACAGGCUAGCUUUCUCUCCUUACACUCAACAGUGAUUCUUGUUCACUUAUGACCCUGUCAGCAGUUUACUAGUUGUACAUUCUUGGACCACUUUUGGUAGGUACAAGCUACUGCAUAACGGAAACACCCAGAAAGAUCUGUUAAUGUGAAGAUGCUUUGACCCAGUCAGACAGUUUUGCCCUUGUCAAAGUCACUCAAAUCCUUACACUUGCCCAUUUUCCUUGCUUUCUACACAUCAUCUUCAAGUACUGACUGUUCACUUUUUGCCCAAAUAUAUCCCACCCCUUCACAGGUACGACUGUAUAGUCAAGAUAGUCAAUGUUAUUUACUUCACUGUCAGUGGUUUAUUUCACAGCUGUUUUCGCCGCACAAGGGGGACCUACACAAUAUUAGGCAGGUGGUUUUAAUGUUAUGGCUGAUGGGUGUACAUGUAAACCUAUGUAAUAAUGUUGAAUUAUUAUAUUAUAACCUUUUUUAUUAUAAUUUCAGAUUCGGUAAAACUCACCCAGUGGACUCAGUGGAGUAUUUGAUAAGUAGUGUUUAGUCUAGUAUUUUUUUUGAAGCUACAAUGUCUUAAUAUCAGUUGUUGAUUUAUAUUAAUGAAAAAAAGAAAUGUGUUUACAAUAAUAUGACAUUUAUCUUAAGCAUACAUUCAUGCUUUUGAGCAAUUUUGACUGAAAUUUCAUAAUCAUUUAGAAUAAUUUGUUAUGGUAUAAAACAUUUCCUUCUUUUCUUGGUGGGUUUUAUGGAUGACAUGGUAAAAUCUGCAGAUUCACAUGAAAACUAUUAUACCUGUUAUAGCUAUUAGAUCUGUAUUAUAAAGACCAAAUGUUUAAAAAUGUAUUCUACACUUUUCCCAAGACUCUUAAUUUGUCAAUCAUCCUCUUGCAGUGUUAUCUUAUUAUUUAUUUACCCAAUAUUUUGAGUACUUCAUAGUUACUGGCUUUAUUAAACACUUGACAAAUCAGGAAACCUUAAGCUUGUUUUGACUGAGAUGGAGAGGAAAGUAUGUGAAUGAGAGGAACAUUUCUGUAAGUUACUGAGAUGUAAAUAUAGUAGAAAGAUGGAUGCUGGAUGGUUUAAAUCUUAUCUUGUUUUAUAGGAUUGAAAAACUCAAAGUAAAUCUCAGUCUGAGAGGGAAAGAUUAUUAUUGUCAGUAUCUUGUGAUGCUUAAAGCAAGUAUGAAGUUUGAUGUUUGGAAUAUAACAGUAUUCCUGUUGAAGCAUAUGAAAACUCAUGAAUUUGUAUCAAUUUUAAUGCUUUUAAUCAAAUUCCUCCAUUUUAUUGUACCUAAUCAAAAUGGGUAUAAUUUGUUGUUAAUAAUAAUGUUUACAAUUUUCUUUACUAAUGUUUUUCAUUUAUAUAUAUUAAAUGCAU